GGUAGGCCCGGCCGCCCCUGGGGACCACAACUCCCAGCGUGCCCCGCGCGGGGCGCCAUUGGCGAUGGCCGGGGGUUGGGUCUGCCACCGCCUUCCGGGGGCAGCGCGGAGGGGACCGGAAGUGUUGGAGAGCACCGGAAGCCCUCCGGCCCCUAGCAACGAGCGCCGCCAUGCCGGUGUGGCUGCGGGAGUACAUCUGGCGGCAGACAGCCGCCGCCGUCUACCUCUCCUUGCCGUUGAGCGGCGUUCGGGCCACCGCCGCCAACAUCUUCUGCACUGACCAGUACUUGAAGGUUAGCAUCCCUCCCUUCUUAUUUGAAGCCAUUUUGUAUGCUCCUAUUGAUGACACAAAUAGCACAGCAAAGAUUGGAAAUGGAAUCAUUUUCUUCACUUUGUAUAAAAAAGAGGUGGCCAUGUGGGAUUCCCUAACUCUAGAAAAUGCUAGCAAGGAGAAACUGCAAUACCUAAGAGAGAAUGCUGUUUUAAAAGCCCAUGAAAAGGCAAAAGAGGAGACAGACACAAAAAAAGUUACAAAACAGAAACACAAAAAACAUGCUUUGGAGGCCACAAUGAAGCUAGAAGAAGCAGAAAGAAGAAGAAUUGAAGAUCUGAAACAAAAGGAGCGGUGGAAGGUCACUGAAGAGUUGCAGUUAUGGAAAAAGCAGCAAAAAGACGCUGAGAAACAAAACAGAGUACAAAAAGAAGGGGAACUACAUCAAGCAGAGCAAUUAAAGGAGAAUGAAAAGGAAAAAAUGGACAAAACUAGGAUUCCUAACGAAGGAACUUCUAAGACCAGACUCAAACCUACUAAAGGUCAUGGUUCCUAUAGUAUGUUUUCAGAAAACCUAAAGGAAGAACAGUUACCAGCUCCUCGAUCUGCUGCUACAAUUAAAAUCAACUUUACAUCACGAGUUUUUCCCACAGCUCUGCGAGAAUCUCAUGUCGCAGAAGAGGAGGAGUGGCUACGUAAACAAGCAGAAGCUCGAAGAACAGUAAGUGCUGAUUUGUCUGAGCUGGACGAUUUAAAAGAAGAGGAGAAGAAUGCAGACUGGUUAAAGGACAAAGGAAACAAAAUGUUUGCAACGGGAAACUAUCUUGCAGCUGUAAAUGCAUAUAACUUCGCAGUGCGACUAAAUAAUAAGCUUCCCCUACUGUACCUGAAUCGUGCUGCUUGCCACCUGAAACUGAGUAAUUUACAUAAAGCUAUUGAAGAUUCCUCUAAGGCACUAGAACUGCUGACACCGCCUGUUCCUGAUAAUGAGAAUGCUCGAGUAAAAGCGUAUGUGAGACGUGGCACAGCGUUUUGUCAGCUGGAAUUAUAUACUGAAGGUCUCCAGGAUUAUGAAGCAGCUCUCAAGAUUGAUCCUAAAAAUAAAACUAUAGAAAAAGAUGCUGAGAAGAUUCGACACCUGGUGCAAGGAACAAUGCAAGAUUCUUAACAAAAAAAAAAGGAACUUUUUCAGAACUUCCUCAGAGGGAUGUGUUUUGAGGGCAUCAGCAGGAAUCUUAGUUCUCUUCAAUAUAUUAUUAACCAGACAUUUUUCUGUUUCACUCAGAACAUCUAUGGAAUUGCUAAAAGAUUGGAUAUAUGAAUUAUUAUUUUUUGAUAGUAUUACAACAAAUAUGAUUAGAUAUAUUUUUAUAUCAUUUUGAUACAAGUUGUCAUUUUUGCUUUCUGUGAAAUAUUGGUGGCCUGAAUGUUAAAACAUGCUUUUGGUACUUGAUUUAAAGUUACUCCUAACUAAAUGAAAUAUUUGUCUGGAAGUACCUACUGAAUCUAGAAGAUGGGUUUUUAAACAACUUCAGUAGCUCCAUAUGGUCAACAUCUGUUAACUUCUUAUCUUUCUGUUCUCCAUCAAAGCUGAAAUGGUUGUGUUACAUGGUUAUGGUUAUGUGCUUUCCUCUUUUCUUAUUCUUCAUAGUGUUUGGCACAUCUGAAACUAAGACAGUGAAUUUAGAUACUCUGUCAGGCAUCUGUUUUGGAAAACCUCCACCUGGAUGCACAGAGGUAGAUUUUAUGUCAUGUAGAACACUCUUUUUACACUCUUUUUAACAUUACAUGUGUACAUUGAAUAUUUUCAGACUAUUUUGAAAUAUUUGUUUGGGCUGAACAAACAAGGUAAUUGGAAAAAUUAUAAACCUGUAGUGUGGUAUUGUAGUGUAGUGGUAAAUUAAUCCUGUGAUAAAUUGUCCUAUCAAUGAAUAUGACUUACUUCCUCCAUCCUACUACAAUUAGUAACUUACAGUGUAGCUGUAAAGCAUAUUCUAAAUCAGAAACAUUGUUAUUUAUGUGAGAAUACAUGUAUUUCUUGAGCUGGUAUUUUAAUUUGUACUCUGUUGACAUUGGCCAGUAUCUCAGGAAUAUUGGUGUGAUUAAAGAUUCUCAAAAAAGGGACCAUCCUGGUGAGGUUACAAGUGUUGUAAAAUUACAUGAAGUGUGACGCUGUGCUUUGAAGUCCUGCACCUGUUGUUUUAGGUAGUGGAAGAAUGUAAUAUAGAAUUGUAUUGUGUUUAUAUAUAUUUAUGUUAGCAUUUGUAUUACUGUGGCAACCUGAAACACUGGACUUGAAGUGGUUCUGUUCUGUUCGGCAUUCUACCCAAAUUGUGACCAUUCAACUAUGCUCCUUUCAGUAGCAGUUUUAGCAGACUUCUGAAUUUUCCACAUCAGUCUGUUUCCUGAAUACCAUUUAUGACUGAUUUCUGCCUUUAGAACAAAAUAUUUAUUAUGCAGAUAUAUGUUACUCUGUGUGAAUUUUAUACUCUUGGAACAGGGAGAAGGUGGCAGAUGUUGCUUCCAGUUGCUUUACUUAGAGCCUUGAGAGCAGUGCUGAGGCAAGUCAGAAAUGUCCAGGGUAGCUGCUGUUCCUUCUUUCCUACAGAAGGAAGGGGGUGAGAAUACUUUACUUAUAGCAGUUGGAAGGAGGGCAGUGGAGGAGUUUUAGUGCCUCAGUUGAGUGUAAUGGCCAAAAUACAGCUGUGUUCUGGGGGAAGCGGGGGCUAAGGAAGAGAGACACUGGCAAUGGGAAAAAAAAAUGCCAAGGAGCAGACACUGGUUCAAAGUUCUUCAUUUUCUUUUUAGUUACAGAGCCUAUCAGAACAACCAGUAUACACCUGUACAGGCUAUUUGUAUUGCAGUGAUCUGUUACAGCUGCUCAAGGCUAUUUUUGAUGUAGACAGGCACCUUUUUCUACUGCUAUGAAAUAGAAAUAGUGCCCUCUUUAAAAGUUAGGGAAGCAAAUGUGCUUGGUGGCGUAAACAAUAUCUGCCUGUUUCAUCUCAUUGUAUUGGGAGCCAAAUGGACAUUAAACUUCUGACUUCAAUACCUGAGCUGACGGUGUAUACACCAGGUCAAAAUCACAUGCGUUACAUUGGUAUUGGUGUCCUGAGAUGUAGGAACAUUGAAACUGACUUUCAAGUUUUAAAAACAGAAAAUGCUUUCAUUAAAGCAAAUAAACCUUCAGGUCAUCGUCUCUUGCACUUAACACUUUCUGUAAAAUUAUCGUUCCACAUUUACGAUACCAGUUUAGAAAGUUUUAUUUUUAUGGGUUUAGGUCUGAUUGAGAGAAGUGUAUCAUCAAAUGGGCUAUGUCCUUUUUGAUACAUCUUACCCAACCCAGCAAAACCAAAAUAAGAUAUUGACAGUUAUUCCCAGCAUGACUGAAAUAAAUCAGAUUUGUUUUCUUAAAGCUAAAUGUCUAGUCUAAGUCUAUGACAAAAAGAUGGAGAUGCAUUUUUACAGAGUAUGCUGUAAAUUGGGAUGGUCAUCCACUCUACUUCUGUCAGUGGUGCUGUUUAUAUAACUAUCUUGAAAUGACCCACAAGUAAGUGUUUUGGAAAGGUUUGAUCCACUGGAUGAUAACUACAGGGUACCAUCUGUGAGACAGGUGGUAUAGCACUGUGUUCACUUGAAGUUGUUUUGAACAGCAGAACCUCAGGCUUUGCCAAAGAACUAUUGGUCAUGAGUAUUUUGGGGUCUGGCAUACAGCAAAACACCAGAUUGCCAGGAUUUGCACAGAGAGACAGAUGAGGAGAUUGUUUUUGCUCGAUGUUCAGACUUGAUGGCAGUUUCUUGGCAGAAUUCAUCUUUCCUUACUAAGGAGACAGGUUUUAAUUCAGUCUUUCAAAUAACAGGGCAAAGUAUUUCAAAUUUGUUAAAUGUUUGUGGUCAAAGCAAAUGUUGCUCAAGAUGUGUAUUGAAAUAUGUGCAUGGUGGAGAGUGAGGAACUUAACACUGCUGACUUUUGACCUUAUUUAGUAAACUGUGGACAGUGAUAAAUGGACUCAUGCUGACUCUGAAGUGUAGUAAAAAAUGGAAUUUGUGUCAAUUUCUGCAUGAGGGAUCUUGAGCAUAGAAAAUAGUAUGUGUCGCAGAAAUAAUUAGUAUGGACAAUAAAAAUAUGAAUGAGAAUAAGAAUAGAGUGAAGCUUUAUGGAUGGUUUGUUUUGGUUUUGACUUUUCUGUAGAAAUAUGUAUGCUAAAAUAGAGCCCUAAUCAAACCUGUAAA